GAUAUGAUUCAAGGCCUGAACCUUAGGCCUUGUGCAGACAAAGAUAAGCCACCCAGAAUAUUCCAUCAUCGGACAACAAAUGAGUAUUUGCAGGAAUGUGCCUACAUAAUGAGGAAAAUAAGGCUGUCACGCCAAAAUGAUCCAUCAAGGCAACCACAGCCACGUAAAGUUCUCCUUUAUGGUUCUAAUAAAAACUCUUCCUCAAUAGAAUCACGUGGAAAAUCAAAAAAGGUGGACAGCAUCAAUGCUGAUGCAUUUUCCGGGAUGCGCAAAUUAAGACUGCUGCAACUUGAUAAUAUAGCAGUUAAAGGAAAUUACAAGGAGUUCCCAAGGUCGUUGAGGUGGUUGUGUUGGCACAAAUUUCCAUAUAAAUGUUUACCUGACGGCUUACCUAUGGAGAAAGUGGUGGCCCUAGAAAUGCGCUACAGUAGGUUGCAUCAUAUUUUUGAAGGAAACAAGCUUCUGAGUGCGUUAAAGAUUCUGAAUCUCAGUCAUUCAAAAGGUCUCUUCUGCACCCCUGACUUUUCAAAGCUUCCAAAUCUUGAGAGGAUAAUUCUCAAGUACUGCACAAGGUUGACUGAGAUUGAUAAAUCGAUUGGGGAACUACAAAGACUCCUCAUUUUGAACCUAAGAGGCUGCGAAAGUCUAAGGAAGCUUCCCGGAUGUAUUAGUAAUCUUCAUUCCCUCGAGAAGAUGAUUCUGUAUGGUUGCUCAAAACUUGUAUGGUCUUCAUUAGAGCUGGGUAAGAUGCAUUCAUUGAGAGAGCUUGAUGCAGGUGGAACUGCUGCUAAUCAAGCCUCCACUUCCAUAAUUAAGAAGCAUUCACUGAGUUUAGGUCUGUGCUCUUCAGUCCCAAGCCCAAGAAAAGCUCCUGGUGUUGUUAACCUGUUAACUACAGUAUCUCAGACAUUAGUAACUUUAAGUCUCACUGGAUGUGGUCUAUCUAGUGAUUUAAUUCCAGUGGAGCUUGGUGAUUUCUCCAUGCUGCGGAAAUUGUUUUUAAGUGACAAUCCAAUUCGCAGCCUACCACAAAGCAUCAAGGGGCUCACCAAUCUCCGGAUACUUGAGCUAGAAAGAUGUGAAGAACUUAAUUAUCUUCCAGAGAUCCCAAACAGUGUGACAACCUUGAGUAUCUGGAAAUGCAGGUCACUCGAGCGGUUACCAUAUUUGCCAAACUUAUUGACAACAUUAGAUUUUCUUGCAUUAUGUUGCAACAAACUAAUUGAGAUUCAGGAUAUGUUCCAGCUUAAAUGCAUUUCUUCAUGUGAUGCUGACUUAAUCAGUGUUCUGGGGUUUCCCAACUUGGGGUUCUUGAGUGACACUAAGGUGGAUCUCUACAACAACCUGACUCUUACAAGAUGGGAAAGUCCUAUACAGGGGCUCUAUGAAUUUGGUAUAUUCAGCACUUCGGUCCAUGGAAGUGAGCUUCCAGACUGGUUAAGCUACAAAUCUACAGGGUCCUCGAUCAGCUUUGAUGUGCCUUCACGGACUAAUCAUGACAUUCAGGGUUUGAACUUAUAUGUUAUCUAUGAAAACGCCAGCAAAUGUUAUUGUACAAGGAGAAAUAAAUUUUGGAAUGAGUUUCAUGUUAGAGUGGCAAAUAAGACCAAGGAUCUGAGAUGGACAUACAGUCCAACAAUUCAAGGUCUUCCGCAUAAUGGUAAAGAUAUCACAUGGCUAUCCCAUUGGGAAAUAGGUGAUCACUUGGAUACAGGAGACUCUAUGAGCAUUUCGAUAUCUCUAUAUUCUGGUGCUCGGUUGAAGGGAUUUGGCAUCCACAUUGUGUAUAAGCAAAAUGAGAACAAUUCGAGAUGUAAAGCAUCUCCUCCUGCACACCAUCUCAUUAAUGGGGUGGAUAUCUCUGCAUAUCAGGUUCUAGGCUCCUACUUCCUCUGCCAUCAUGACUUUGAUAUUCAACAAAAUUGUUCCACUUAUGGGUGGAAUUCAACGGGCUGGUAUGACUUCUUGUUCGGUGAUAACUCUGAAGAUUUUCCUGAGGAAAUGGCCCCCCGUCACAAUGCAGCUACGACUAGCCAGAAUGUCUAUGGACUUCUUUCUGGAGUGGAGGAUGAUAAAACUUGGCCAUUGCCAUGAUGCUGAUGUGGAGCUAGGUUUUCUAAACUUGUAUGAUUCACCAUUCACUAUAUUGUCAAAAUGAGAGAGUGUAAGGUUUCCAAAAGUUCCAUGUCUUCAUCCAUACACUUCAUUAUACCAUCUCUGUAGAGUAUCCAUUUUAAGUACUUACUCCCCCUCAAACUUGAAGCAGUUUUCUGUAGCUUCUAUUCAUCAACACUGUAAAAACACUACUUACACGAGAUGCAUAUUGAUAUCUCACUCACUUAUUUGGGUGUCAUUUCCCAUUA